AGUGGCGAGACCACGCUGGGGACGCUCCCCUGCAGCUGCUCAUGCUGGCGUUACUCGACAAGGAGCUGGAGCUGCCGGGAACCUCCUGGCGAGUGCACGUCCACGCCCCUCCCUCGGCCGCCGACCACUUCCUGCCGCCGAUACCGGGCGCUAGCGGCAACACCACGGCACAUCACGCUGGCCACACAUCGAGGUCUGCAUGCCUACAGGUGGAGCUGUUAGAGGCAGGCGACGAGGAUUACGAUAAUGACGACCAGGAGGAGGGCGAAAUGGAGGAGGAGGAGGAGGAAUGGCUAGGGCAGCCGUCAGCGGAGCAGACGGAGGAUUUCCAAGGAGAAGGCAUGCUGCAGGAAAGCAGCGGACAAGCCGACAUCAGUAUCGGCAGCGGCGAAACCCCUGCUAUCGGCGGCGGAGCUGCAGCAGCAGAAGGAAGAGGAGGGAGCGGGCAAGAAAGAAGACGGCGGCAACGCAGCAACGGCGGGGUGAGCUGGGCAGCAGUCGGCGUUGAUGAGGGCGACGGUGCCGGCGCCAGCUCACCAUCAGCAGCUCCUCCAGCAGCAGCGGCCUUCACCCAGCAGACCGGCGCGCACAUCCGGGUGACGCUGUGGCGUACGGACAUGCUGACUGGCGUGAUUGAGGUGGACCAAGACUUGGUGGUGAAGCGAGCUAGCCCCAUGACC